CGAGGGAGGUCGCCUUUCCGAGCAGAUAUGGAGGCUCUGCAGUUGAAAGAAAAACUCUUCUGACACUUGGGAACUUUCCUCGUUGCGUUUCUCACCAAAGAGGACAUCAUAUGGGCGAAGAUUUACUCUUUCCACUCCAUUCUUUAGUUGCUGUUCUGCCUCCCGGCUCUUGUUUUGAGGAGACUCUACCUGUGAAUGAAAAAAAGGAGUGUUUUAUUGGGGGGGCUGAAAAGGACAACAACCAGUGAAAUACAUUGUCCAGAUGUGUUGCACGAGUUGUGGUUAAGUUUGAGAGCACGUGCUGACCUGUUUUAGUGGAAGGUACAGAAGGACCUUUACUGAACAUAUGAGGUUUUCCUUUUUUUUUUCUUUCUUUUUUUUACUGCAGUCAUUCAGCUUCAGAAGUUUGAGUCGGAGAGUUUUUUUCUUCUUCUUUUUCUGGAGAGUCUCUCCCUCUUCUCAUCUCCUCAUUACUACCUCCUUCAUCGGCCUGUCCCUCUCUCUUUUGUGUACUCUGGAGAAGGAGGAGCUCAGGACCAGAGAGAAGAGGACUGGGAGAGGGAGUGAUGUUACAAUGUGCACCAAGUGCAAGCAGUGCGACGGCCAUUGACUCAGUCGACUCUGCCCUCUGCAUGGAAGCACUCUGAACCAAUCAGAACCCGGCUGCCGGCUAGCUAUGGACUGCACGGCUGCUGUUCUGAAACCAUGUGCCUGCUCCCGAACCAAGUGGUGUCGGCACCAGCGGUCCUCCAGCCGUCGCCCAUGGAGACUGCUGCGCGGUUGCAGUUGUGGCAGGGGUGUCAUGGAAGCGGAUGCCGUCAGCCACGCCUCCUCCCUCCUGCGGCGCUUGCUAUUUUAUAUCUGCUGUUGUCUGUCCCGCGAGGACGGCCCUGAGCUGCGUCGCAACUGGGUGGCUCCUCCUGUCAAUGGAGCACAGGCAGGGGGAAGAGGAGGAAGAGAGGAGGAAGGUGCGGAGGAGGAGCUGGGCCCUCCCCCCUCGGUGGACGAGGCGGCCGAUGCUCUGAUGACCAGGUUGGGCUUCCUGCUGGGGGACAAGGUGAUCAGUGGCGAGCCGGGGUCGCCUUACCACGGCCAGGAUGACGCACAGAGGAUCUCUCCCUCGUCCAGUCUGGCCAGUAGCAGCACCUCCCCCUGCUCCACACUGCAGCCUGCUGCUGGAGGAGAGGGCAGCAGCGACAACAAGCAGGCCUCCUCCAACCACGCCUCCGUCACCUCCCCCACCUCCACACUGGAAAGCAGAGACAGCGGCAUCAUAGCGACGUUGACUAGCUACUCUGCAGAGUCGGCAGCAGAGCAGGACAGCAGCGGCAAGUACCCCGGCGACAGUUAUCGCGGGAGCAGCCUCCACCUCUGGCAGCAGGGGGGCCGGCCAGUGGUGGCUUCCUCCUCCUCUUCCUGUAUGGCGGCGGCGGGAAGCAGGAAUGACGGCUUUCUGUACAGGGCGGAUGGCAACAUGGCCGCCUCCACGUUCAGCCUCAACAAACUCCACCCAGACCGAGGCCCGUUCGCUGCACGCUCGUCAGGCUCCACCCACUCCAUACCUCUCUACCUCAUGCCCCGCCCCAAUUCAGUUGCUGCCACAAGCUCUGCCCAUCUUGAAGAUCUAGCCUAUCUGGAUGAGCAGCAGAGGCACAUCCCUUCAAGGACGUCCCUCAGAAUGCCCAGACAGAAUUCUGGGAGUCGUAUUCAACAGGACCACAGAGUUCGUUUCACUCCCUCUCUCAACCUGAAGCCCCUCCACUUUGAGGUUCCCGGUCUCUCGCCUGAUUGGCUGUUCACCGGCAGGGAGUGGCUCUUUCAGGAAGUGGACGCCUGCCUCUGCAGCGAUGACCCAUCUUCCAGUCGGGGCGUGGUGAUCGUCGGCAACAUGGGCUUCGGCAAAACGGCCAUCAUUGCCCGCCUGGUGGCGCUCAGUUGUCAUGGAAACCGAAUGAGGCCAACCGCUGCCGAAAGCCAGGGCACUCCAAAGCAUGUAGCACCCGUUUCUCUCUCCAACGAAUCCCUUGGAAGGGGAGGAGGAGGAGGAGGAGGAGGAAGAGGAGAUGAAGGAGGAGGAGGAGGAAGCUGUCCAGGAACUCCAGAGAUGAAGAGAAAACAGGAGGAGGCGCUGAGGAAAAUUGCAGGACAGGUAGUCUCCUAUCAUUUCUGUCAGGCUGACAACUGUUACACCUGUCUGGUGCCGGAGUUCGUCCACAACAUGGCUGCGAUGCUGAGCGACGCCCCCCAGCUGCGAGCCUAUCGGGAGCUGCUGCAUCACUCGCCGCAGCUGCAGAGCACGCUCAGUCUGCGCUCCUGCAUCCAGGAUCCGAACUCUGCCCUGCAGAGGGGGAUCCUGGAGCCGCUGGACGCUCUCUACAGAGAGAGGAAGUUACAUGUGGAAGGGGCGGGGCUUAUCAUACUGAUUGAUGGGUUGAACGAGGCGGAGUUCCACCGGCCAGACUACGGCGACACACUGACUUCCUUCCUGUCGGAAAACGUCCAGAAGUUUCCUUCCUGGUUGAAGAUCAUCACCACUGUGAGGACCAGUCAGCAGGACACCACACGUUCUUUACCUUUUCACCGCAUCUCUCUGGACAAGAUGGAGGAGAACAACGCCAUAGAUCAGGAUCUGCAGGGUUAUCUGAUGCAGCGUAUCCACAGCAGCGGCGAGAUCCAGAGCAACGUGUCGCUGAGCAAUGGUCGCCUUGACAACGCGGCACUCACCAAAUUGAUCAGCCACCUGAAGAGCCUGAGCAGAGGCUCAUACCUAUACCUGAAACUGACCCUGGACCUGAUAGAGAGAGGAUACCUGGUCCUGAAGAGCUCCAGCUUCAAGGUGGUUCCUGUGAGCCUAGCGGAGGUCUACCUGCUGCAGCUCAACAUGCGCUUCCCCACCCAGUCGUCUUUUCAGAGAGUUCUGCCACUGCUCAACAUCACUGUGGCAUCACUGCAUCCGCUCACCGACCAGCAGUUAUUUGAGGUGGUGAAUUCGAGCACUGUGACCGGAGGAACGCUGCAGUGGGACGAGUUUUCGCAGCGGCUGGAGCAACUCUCGUCGUUCCUGCUGAGGCGGAGCGACGGCAGCUGGAUGCUGAGCCACGCCUCCUUCAGGGAGUGGCUGGUCUGGAGGGAGGAGGGCCAGGAUGACCGGUUCCUCUGUGACCCCAGGAGUGGCCACACUCUGCUGGCCUUCUGGCUCUGCAGACAGGAGGGGAAGUUGAAUCGACAGCAGACACUGGAGCUGGGACAUCAUAUCCUGAAGGCUCACAUCUAUAAGGGUCUGAGUAAGAAGCUUGGGGUUUCCUCCUCAGUUCUGCAGGGGCUGUGGCUGUCCUACAGCACGGAGAACCUGAGCCCUGCUCUCUCAUCUCUGCGCAACCUCUACACCCCCAACAUCAAGGUCAGCAGGUUGUUAAUACUGGGUGGGGCUGAUGUGGAUCACCGCAGUGACGUCCUCAACAACGCGCCCCUGCUGUGUGUCCACUCCCACCUGGGCCACGCAGAUGCCGUGGCGCUGCUUCUCGACCACGGAGCUCAGGUGGAUGCUAAGUCGCAUGACGGUUUGACUGCACUGGGAUUUGCUGCUGCGGCCGGACACAUGGACAUCGUCAUCAUGCUGAGUCAGAACAGAGCUAAGGUGGGUCAUGUGGACAGCUCGGGUCAGUGUGUGUUGGUGCACGCUGCCCAGCGAGGCCAUCUCAAGGUGCUGCACUUCCUGUUGAAGCGUGCAGACUGGAGCUGCACUCCCUGCUGUGGCCAGAGGUGGGCGAGCAAGAGCCAGGCGGUGCAGCAAGCUCUGAUUGCAGCAGCCAGCAUGGGCCACGCAGAGCUGGUGUCAUACUUACUGGAUCUACCAGAGGAAGAUGAGGAAGAGGAGGAGAGACCUGAGAUCAACACAUCUGACAGUCUCUGGGGAGAGACAGCUCUAACAGCAGCAGCAGGAAGUGGCAGGCUGCCUGUAUGCAGGCUGUUGUUGGAUCAGGGGGCUGCUGCUGAGCAAGGCAACAGGCGGGGCGUGGCUCCGCUCUUCAGCGCUGUGAGACGGGGCCACUGGCAGGUGGUGGAGUUGCUGCUGAAUCACGGGGUGGAGGUGAACAUGGUCGACCAGCAGGGUCGAACAGCUCUAAUGGCGGCGGCCUCAGAGGGACAUAUGCCCACCGCCCAGCUGCUGCUGGAACAUGGAGCCUGUCUGGAUCAGACCGACAGGGAGGGGUUAACGGCGCUGAGCUGGGCGUGUCUGAAAGGCCAGCUCCCGUUGGUCAGAGAGCUGGUGGAGAGAGGUGCGGCCACAACUCAUGCUGACCGCAAUGGACGGACACCUCUGGACCUGGCUGCCUUUCGUGGUGACCCAGAAGUGGUGCAGUACUUGGUGGAUCAUGGUGCGUCGGUGGAGCAUGUGGAUUGCAGUGGGAUGCGCCCGCUGGACCGAGCGGUCGGCUGCAGAAACACUUCGGCAGUCAUCGCUCUGCUCAAAAAGGGAGCCAAGAUAGGACCAGCAACCUGGGCCAUGGCAACCUCUAAACCAGACAUCCUACUGGUCCUGCUCAGUAAACUGAUCCAGGAGGGAGACACACUGUACAAGCAAGGUAAAGUGGGAGAGGCUGCUCACUCCUAUCAGUCAGCUCUCCAGAAGUUUCCAGGAGAUGAGCUAAAGACAUUUAGACAGCUGAGAGUGUGUGUGCUGCUCAACCUAUCACGCUGCCACCGCAAGAUGAAUGAUUUUGGCCUUGCCGAAGAUUUUGCUACCAAAGCACUAGAACAAAAAGCGAAAUCGUACGAGGCCUUUUAUGCGAGAGCCCGGGCCAAACGCGGCCGCAGACAAUUCCAUGCAGCCCUGGAGGACCUGAUUGAGGCCAGCCACCUGUGUCCAUCUAACCGGGAGAUCCAGCGUUUGCUGUCCCGGGUCAAGGAAGAGUGUCGGCAGGUUGCUCAACAACAAGAGUCUCCCCCUCCCUCAUCACACCAUAUUUAUCUACAGAAUAUGUCCAUCAACGAGGCCAGGUGCAGAGAUUCCGGAUGUCUGCAGGUGCACGACAAGGAAGGGCUUACCGAGGAAGAGGAGGAAGAAGAGAAGGAAGAGGAGUGUUACAGGCAAGGAGAUCCUGCUCCACACUCCUCCCCCUUCCACCCUCCACCUGUGGUUCAGGCUCUUGACACCCACUGCCGGCCUGGGGUGCCAUCGUCCUCCUCCCUCUCCCCGACACACAUGUAUCAUCGCAGUCCCAUCCACUCCCCUUCUUCCUCCUCACCCUGUCAUUCUGCUCCUCCUCCUUCAUCUUCCUAUCACCAUUUCAGCCCUCCUUCCUCCCCAAUGCAGCAUCAAGCUAACCCAAUGUCAGAAGGUUUCCCUGCAGUGUCCGGAACUGGAGGUCUGCACCACUAUCCACAGUCCGUCUCAGCCCACCACCACUCAGACCAGAAACAGGGAGUGCAGCAGCAGCAGCACCACUAUCUGUCUGAUCAGAGAUCCUUCCCAAAGCAGAACCCUGUCCAAGGCCAAUGGCUUCAACAAGCCAAAGCCCAGGUUGUUAGAGCCAGUCAGCCUAGUUCCUCAUCCCACAGCAUGGUUUUGGGAGGUUCAGCUUACUCACAGUUUGCCAAUCUACCCCAAGAACUGGCUGAACUGGGAGAAGGAAUUUGCUCCAGUCACCUAAAUGUCAGGCCUAGUAUGCAGGUCCAGGCUGGUCUGAAUUCUGGAGCCUCAUAUCCACUCGAUGAUGUGGAUGUUGACUUGGUUUGCCAGUCCAGAGCUGCAUCAGGUUUUGGGAGAGGAGCGGGAGGGGAGAGGGCGGGGAUAAGCCGAUUUGCCCAGGCCCCUCAGUUCAGCCGGAACCAAUCCAAAGCAGCAUACUACCCCAUGGAAGUUACAGAAGCUACAAUGGCACCCCCUGAUAGCCUCCCAUCAUUGCAUGAUUAUCAAUACCACAACCAGGGUGGGCUGCGGCAUCCGCUUAGUGCCCAUCCAACCUCCUCAACCAGGCCUCUCAACCAGAGUGUCAGUGUCUGUUUCCCCACCAGCAGCGGCAGCCUCGCGGGUGGUCAGCCAGCUCAUCAUGGAUCGGGCUUCAGGACAUCAGCCUCCACCCAGCACAUGGAUUUCCCCUCAGAUCUGGCUUCUGUGGCAGGGGUCACUGGCUACCAUGAUGAUCUCUUUCUGAUCUCCUCUCCCCAGGCUGAAAUAUGCAUGGUAGGAGGUGGGACUUAUCCUGGAGAGGCAGGCCGGUCGUCUAGGAGCACUCCUUUCAUGGGUGUUAUUGACAAGACAGUGAGGGUGCACCAGCAGUAUGAGCAAAAAGUUCCCUCUAGUUCCUCGUCCUGUCUCAGCCCCUCCCGCUCCUGGGCUGUGUCUUCAGUGGACACGGUGGUCACCACACCUGGAAAAACCCCUGCCAGUAAAGGAGGCUUCAGUCAACUGCAGCCAUCCUCCAUUGCCUACCACAACCGUAGCAACAACAACGCCCACAAUGGUCACCUCCUCCACGACAACCAGCUCAACUACUACGAGGUGCUGCCCGGCAGCGUUGUCCAGAGUGAGGGCUCGGUGCAGGUUGCCAGUCACAAUCCCUCUUACCUGGACGGGAAGCUGGCCCGCACACUGCCAGUGAUUCACAGCUGCUCAGACAGACCACCUGAGAGAAAGACAGGACCCACCUCUCCUGUCAAACCAAAAAGACCCUUUGUUGAGUCCAAUGUAUAGACAAAAAGUUGAAAUGUUAAGUCAGACACAAGGGAGGAGGGUUAAUGGGGUCAGUGUACAUGUAUAUACCAAGAUUCAUCGAGAGGAUGGAAUAUUUAAGGCUGGGCUCUGCUUGACACGCAUAAAGUAGUUUGGUGUAUAGUUCAUUCAACGUGUUGUUGGAAAGAUUGGGGAAAUAAUGAACACAAAAAAGACAGGAAGAAUCCCUCCUUCCUUCCCAGGUCUCCGGCUUAGAGAACAUUUCAAAACGAAUGUCUCCGGAUGAUUGCGACAGUCAGACAGAAGAGACUCACCAGUUUGACUGCUGUUGACGCCUUUUAAUGAAAAUAUCCAUCUCAAUUUUGAAGCGCUUAAUGACACAGUGACUGGAAACCUGGAUACUUCCAGGUUCUAUACCUUGUGCCAGGCCGAUGCUGGUCAGUGAUCCCGGCCCUAAGCCAUAGUUUGAGAAACUAGGAUGAUGCUGUCAUUGAAUGAGCACUGACUUACUGUUUAUAAAGCAAAAGUAAGUGAUAUUUAUCUUUUUUUAAGUUAUGUCUGUGUUAACCUGUAUAAAUAUUGUUUUUUUGGAGGAUUUUUUCGCUCAAAACAUUGAAAUGUUUCUCAGCAGAGAAAACAAACAAAUAAGAGCAACAUUAAAGUGCAGUUUUGCUUAGUUUAAGAACUAUCCCUGCUUAUGUACAAUUACAUUACUUUACGAUGAAAACCCUUAAACAAUGCCUUUUAAGAUUUUUGGAUGUUAUUACUUCAGGUCUGUUUUUUAAUUUUUGGUUUUAUCAUGAAGACUUUUUGUAUUCCGUGGCCACACAGAUCCCAACUGACAUACAGUACCAGGGCCUUUUCCACUCGUUGCCAUGGAAACGUAGCGCUGACAUGUCCCAUGAGGUGCUCAUUUGCUCCUCCUACUGUCGGUAAUUCAGAAAAAAAGCAUUAUGGCAAAUUGGCCUUUUACUGAAGCCCUUCGCUAAACAGUGACUUGUCACAGCUUAGCAAUGGAGGCACGGUACGGCCCGUCGAGGUCUGGUUUUCUCUGUACGUGUUGAAAGCGCUGUGCACGGAGCUGUCAUGAAAUCAAUCUUCUGCAUUUAAAAUCUGUUGAUGUCUCUUUGUUGUAAGCCUUUAUAAUAAAAAAAAGAAUAGCACGAGAGCAAGAAAGUAAGGAAUGACGAUGAUGUGCAAUGUCCUGAUUUGCUUUAGCGUUAGCUGCUAUCUAGCUAGCUGGUCUACAAACUACAGCAAUAAGCGAGUAUUGCUUUUAAAGACGAGGAUCAUUUGCUGACUAUAUUAGUCUAUUGGGCCGUUGAAUAUGUUAAAAAAAAAGGAAUAAAAAAAAACCACUUCCCCCUAUUAGCUGGUCCUGGAUGCUAUCAGAGUUUAGGCUAUCACUUCUUCUACUCCAUAUUGUAUUUCAUGAAGCUCCAGUCAAACUUGCCAGCUGAGGUCGCAUUAUUUGCCAGAUUUCAUAAUUUUUGUCCGCGCUCCUGUAACGCUAAAAAUGAACACGUGGUUUGAAAGACAAAAAAAAUGAACAGUCAAAAGCUAAUUAGCUAAGCUAAGCAUCACGGAGUAACAGUAUGAUGUUAUUUUUUUUUGUUGCCGUCGUGUUCAAAUAUGUUUAACAGUAACGGCUGUCAUUUCACGUGGCGGAAGAAACAGUUGACGGCUGAAACUAAAAAAGCUCGAUUGAGUUCACCUCCGUCUGAAAGCUCGACAGGAACAGGAGGAGGGACCACGAUGAAAUCAGAAAUGGGACCAAACUUAAAUUGUUUUUAUUUUUAUGGUAUUUUAUGCACACAAAUGCGUUUUUAUUUGUUGUUGUUUUUUUGUGUACAUUGCUUUUAAUGUUUCUAAUGAAUCCGCAAUUUGGUGUCAGAGUUGCUGGUGCUGUAACCCGUGACCUUUAACCUCUCUCGUCAGUCUCUCCGGCCACUGCCCCUUUCUCUCUUAGUGCUCAGGAGUCUCCAGCCGUGACGAGAUGUUGUACUACUCAAUCGCGCUGGUUCACGGGGCAUUUUCACAGUCUUGACCGCUGGAGAACGUCUGCGGUUCUUGACAGUUGGAUUCCAUGAAGGACAUUAUUAGCAAUUCGAUCGGACGUCCGAGACUAUCCUCGGCGUUGCCGCCAUCCCUCGAUGAGCCGCGGCGACAGAUGUGAAGUCUGUCGAUAAAUCAGUGUGUUGUGUCGUAUAUACGUAGGGUUUAACCCCCGGACUUUAGGGGGCCCCAGGUUUUAAACGCCAUGUUGGAGCGGAGCGGGGGUUCAGUGGGGUCCCCGGAAGUGGGGUUACGUGUCUGCUUUUUCACUGUGUGUAAGAUAGGUUGAUAUUUAAAAAACCCAGGAUUGUUACACCCAUACCUGCGUCAAUAAUAAACAUUUAAAAUGUG